UGUAAGCUUAUUCAGCAGCCAAGCUGGGAAGCAUGGACACUGGGUGCAGGAUCACUCUUCACAAGUAGAAGGCAGGGGACACGCUAGAGGAGAACUGGCAAGAUAGAAUCCUUCAUGUGAUACGUCCUCGAAGAGAUGGGCAGUAAUGGACCAUGGCAGUAAGCCCACAGAGCAGGCCAGUCUUUUCUUGCUGUAGCAAGGCUCUCACCGGAGGGAUGAACAGCUGGGUGGAUCCUGUAAAGCUCUGAGAACCUUUGCUAUCAUGUGAUCAGAAGUCAUUCUGGCCACACGGUCUUUGCAGCUUCUCUGAGGCCACUGCAGCGUCCCCGCCCCGCCCGUCAGCCCAUAGAACACAGCUCCACUGCAGCUUGGGAGCCCUGUUCUCUUUCUUCUCCACUUCCUCGUUGCCAUGGAGACACACGUCAUUUACGUGCCGUGCGUCGCCUUGGAAACGGGGGAGCAUCCGCGGCGCGGCCGGGAGACCCGCCCCUGCCGCUCCAGCCGCACUCGCGGGCUCUGCUGGUGGAUGGCCGUGGGGGGAGUCCCGAGAACGACGCGCUGCAGGUCCUCGUCUCGACCCCGAUCCGUCUGCGAGCGCCUCUGUGACCCGGAGAGCCUGUGGGCACUCUGCCGGUGGUUGCCCGGAGGGCGGCGGGGACAUAGGCACCACCCGGGAGGCGAGCUGGCAGGGCACUUUUGCCCCUGGGCAAGCCCGAAGACGCUGGCCCCAGGACCCUAGACGGGUCUUCGUUCCGUCGACUCUUCUCGGCCUUCCGUGAUCCUGCCGGCGUCCUCUGCCUGGGGCUGCUCUCUUCACGUCGGCUCCCCGCCCAUCUAGGGAAGCUAGGUGUCCCUGGGCUCCACCCCGUCCCUCCCGGGACCUCUCCCCCUCUACACCCUUCCCCCCACCCUGGAGGCCCGGCUGGACGCGACCCAGAGCUGCCACCGCCCGCUUCUGCCACUCAAUGGAGGACAGUCUGCUGGAGAUCAUGACCAAGGACGGCGGCGAUAUGCCGGCGCCGCUGGAGGUGUCCACGGUGCCCGCCGUGGGGGACGUGAUCUCUGGGGAGUAUAACGGCGGCAUGAAGGAACUGAUGGAGCACCUGAAGGCCCAGCUGCAGGCCCUGUUUGAGGACGUGAGGGCCAUGCGAGGGGCGCUGGACGAGCAGGCCUCGCACAUCCAGGUUCUGUCGGACGACGUGUGCGCCAACCAGCGGGCCAUAGUCUCCAUGUGCCAGAUUAUGACCACCGCGCCCCGCCAGGGAGGCUUGGGCGUGGCUGGCGGCAAGGGGAGCUUCCCGAGUGUUCCCCAUGAGCCGGAGACACCUUCGCCUGGGACUGGGGACAGCGGCUUGCUGGGUCGUGAUCCAGGGGAGGAGGACGAGGAUGAAGAGGAGGAGAAAGGGAUACCCAGCCCCGCCACACCCACCAGUCACUGUGAGCGCUCCGAGAGCCCCUGUGCUGGUCUCCUUGGGGAGGAUGGGCCACUUGUGGAGCCCCUCGACCUGCCUGACAUUACCCUGCUGCAGCUGGAGGGCGAGGUCUCUCUGUGAGGGGGAUCCCACGGGGGCACCAACUACCUGGGCUUUGGGUUUCCAAGUGCUUAAUGCGAGGGAACUGAACAGUGUGCUUCACUCCAAACGCGGUUCUUAUAGGUCAGGGAGAGAGAGACUCUCUCACAGAAGCAUUUGUAGGGUGAAGGACUUCGGAAGCAUCGCGAAUUCCACCCAACCACGCAUCAUAGCAAAACUGCAGAAAGGUGAGGUUCCCGGAGAGGAAGUGUCUCUGGGACUUCCAUCCAUCCCCUUACCUUGCCCUCUCCCCUCUUCCCAGGAAACAGGAGGACCAUUGAAUUAUGUAAAUAAAAUUCUGCUUUUUCUACUCUGAAAAA